AUGAAAAUCAGCAUGUUUGCUAAUUCCAACGUUAUCUCCUGCAACUCCGCUGCCUUUCCAUCUCUUAAUCUCCAUGACCCCAAACUCAAAACCUCACUUCAAAGCCAACAACUUGGACCUAGAAUCUCAUUUCGCAAAACAGGCUCAAACUUCUCUGCCUUUUGCCAACCCCAUAAUCAUACAAGUUCAAUCUUAGCAUCUCAGAAAAAAGGUCCAACUCAGAUUUGUCAUUGUACUUUAACCAGUCAGAACUCAGAGGAUGCAGUAGUGGAAAAAAGAGAUUCCUCGGAAGGAGGGCUUGGCGGGGGUGGCAAUGACGGAGAGGGGAGGGACUGGACAACCUCGAUUUUGCUCUUGGUGUUGUGGGGAGCACUCAUGUAUUAUGUUUUCAAUCUUACUCCGAACCAGACUCCGUCAAGGGACGUGUAUUUCUUGAAAAAGCUCCUGAAUUUGAAGGGAGAUGAUGGUUUCACAAUGAACGAAGUGCUUGUGUCUUUGUGGUACAUAAUGGGUUUGUGGCCCCUGGUGUAUGGCAUGCUGCUGCUCCCAACAGGUAGAAGCUCAAAAAGCAACAUUCCUGUCUGGCCCUUCAUAAUAUCUUCAUUUUUUGGCGGUGCAUAUGCUCUUCUUCCCUAUUUUGUACUUUGGAGACCCCCACCACCUCCUGUUGAAGAAACUGAAAUCAGAAGAUGGCCUCUGAAUUUUCUGGAAUCAAAAUUAACAGCUGCGAUAUCACUUGCCGCAGGACUAGGGAUACUUGUUUAUGCAGGUAUGGCUAAUUGGGAAACCUGGAAGGAAUUUUACCAGUACUUCAGAGAAAGCAAAUUUAUCCAUAUCACAUGUCUUGAUUUUACUCUGCUAUCUGCGUUUGCACCCUUUUGGGUUUACAAUGAUAUGACUGCCAGAAAGUGGUUUGACAAAGGUUCUUGGCUUCUUCCCCUAUCCCUGGUGCCAUUCUUGGGUCCUGCUUUGUACAUUGUCCUACGGCCGUCACUGUCAUCGAUGUCCAUUUCACUCGGUCCUACUACAUCAGAGCCCAAAUGAAAAUUCACAUUUUUUUUUUCUGUGCUGAUAUCAUCUGAAGGGGGGGAUUUUAUCACUUUAUGUUAAAGAAGCAUAGACAGUACGGCUAGGAUGGAUAAAAUAAACAUGAUAGGGUAAAUUUUCAGACAUUAGUCUCCUACAAGAACACCACUUUUAAUUCGCUGCUACAAGAUUAGCUUAUUUUCAUGUUCAGCCUGCUAGAUUUGAUAAUGAAUGAAUGUCACUAAAAACGAAAGCUUGCUGAAUAAUAUUCUCCUAAAAUAUAUUUCCAGUUCUCUA